CUGUCAAAAAUAUCAAAUAGCUGCAGGCGAUAAAAUUUUCUGUCGUAUAAAUUCAUAUUCAUAUCAUAUAUUUUGGCUACUACUUUUUUUGAUGGAUUGUCGGUAUCUGCCAAUCUAGAAGAAAUAGACAACUAAUUUGUACAUCAUAAUAUUUUUUUUUUUUUGGCAAUAAUAUUGCACCUAGUGUUCGAUAAUUUUCUAGUGCGUCGAUCGAUAUUUAAAAACAUUAGUAGCGAUAUAUCGCAAGAUUCUUUCCUAUCCACCUAAAUAAUCUUUGUAUGAUUAAUAAAAAUGAGUGAAAAUGUUAUUUGGACUAUCAAAAACGGAGAGUUUGAUGCUGUGCAAGAAGCGUUCAAAAACGAUGUUCUUAAAGUAAAUGAGGAGAUUAAAGGAAGGUACCCAAUUCAUUAUGCGGCUGAUUUUGGUCAGUUAAAGGUGCUCGAGUUCUUGAUUCUAAAAGGAGCCGAUGUUAAUAAAAAGGAUAAACAUGGCAUUACACCGCUUCUUGCAGCUAUUUGGGAAGGACACAAGAGCUGCGUAGAGCUUCUUUUGGAAAAGGGCGCAAAUAAAAGCGAGUCUACUCCAGAUGGCAAAAGUUAUAUUGAAGCAGCAGAGAGCGAUGAAAUCAAGAAACUUCUUAUCUAAAUUAUAAAAUAAUUAUGACGCUAAGCACUUUAAGUUUUGGAAUUGAAAUACAGACUAGCUCUAGUUUCUCUAGAUUCUAGUUUUUAUGACU